GGGUGGAGCCGGAAUUUACCUUUGUACUCAACGUGGAGGGCGGGUCGGGUUGGGACGAGCGGCGUCCGCCGGGUGGGGCAAAAUCCGCGUCCGAGUGUCGUCGUCUCCAGCUCUGGUCCGGGUCUCCAGCUCCUCGCGAAGGUUUGACUCCACGAGUCUGACGGCCCCGCCGCGCGCUCUUGCGCCGUCCCCCGGACUUCGGCCGCCUUCACCCCGACGCCGCCAGCUGUCCGUCUAGGGCGAGGCCUGCGGCAGCCACGCCUCCGAGGCUGGGGGUCGCGGGUGCUCGGGCCUCCCAGGCUCCGCCUCCGCGCCCCACCGGCCCUGCUGGAGCCCGCCACCUGACUGCAGGGUUUGGAGCUUUUCCCGGUCGGGUCUCCCCGUCCCUACCCUAGGUGUUCCACGGCCGGGCUCGGUUUUGCCUCGCCUGCCAUGGCCUCGGAACUCCCCGGGCCAACCGAGGAGUCUGGUCCGAGUCCCGAUGGGUCGGACCUGGCCGUGAAUCCCUAUGAUGGACUCCCUUUCUCCUCUCGAUACUAUACCCUGCUGGCCCAGCGCCGUGCCCUCCCCAUCUGGGCGGCCCGCUUCAGCUUCCUCGAGCAGCUGGAGAGCAGCCCCAGCGGGGUGGUGCUGGUGUCGGGAGAACCUGGCUCCGGCAAGAGCACCCAGAUUCCUCAGUGGUGUGCUGAGUUCGCUCUGGCCAGGGGAUUCCAGUAUGGCCGGGUGACGGUCUCACAACCACAGCCUUUGGCUGCCCUGAGCCUAGCUCUUCGAGUAGCUGACGAAAUGGAUCUAAGCUUGGGCCACGAAGUUGGCUACAGCAUCCCCUUGGAGGACUGCACUGGACCAGACACCCUGCUCAGGUUCUGCUGGGACAAGCUGCUGUUACAGGAAGCAGCCUCAGCUCGAGGGGCAGGAGCUUGGGGUGUUCUGGUCCUGGAUGAGGCCCAGGAGCGGACAGUGGCCUCUGAUGUGCUGCAGGGAUUAUUGCGGGAUGCGGAGUUGGGGAACAGCCUCGAGGGCCCACGAUUAGUUGUGGUCACUGAUCCAGCUUUUGAAGCCAAGCUCUGUGCCUUUUGGGGUAACCCUCCCGUGGUGCGGGUGGCCCGGGGGCCUGAGGAGGGCCCUAUUCCUGUGUACAGGGAUCCUGCUCCCACUGAUCUGGUGGGUGCCGCCUGCCAAGCUGUGCUGGAGUUACACCAGGGUGGAGUUCCAGGGGAUGUGCUGGUAUACCUGCCCAGUGAGGAGGACAUUGUGCGGUGCUGUCAGUGUCUUCGAAAGGAGGGAGAGCAUUUGGGCCCUGAGCUGACCCCAUUCCAGGUGUUGCCACUGCAUGCUGGACUUGGUCGGGCAGUCCAGGCCGUGUACGAGGAUGUGGAGGGAGGCCCUCGGAAGGUUGUGGUCACUCAUUGGCUGGCUGACUCCUCUUUCUCACUCCCUUCAAUCUAUCACGUCAUUGAUUCAGGGCUGGAGCUUCGAAAUGUUUACAAUCCUCAGAUCCGGGCUGAGUCCCAAGUGAUGAGGCCGAUCAGCAAAAGCCAAGCAGAAGCCAGGAGGCUGAGGACCAAAGGCUCCCCACUAGGAUCCUGCAUCCGCCUUUAUCCUAAGUCUUUUUUGGAGCUAAAAGCUCCCUCGGUUCCUCCACCUCGAGUAUGUGAGGAGAAUCUAAGCCGACUAGUGCUACUGCUGAAAAGGAGACACAUUGCAGAGCCAGGAGAGUGUCACUUUCUGGACCGUCCUGCCCCAGAGGCUCUAAUGCAGGCUCUGGAAGACCUGGAUUAUCUGGCUGCCUUGGAUGAUGAUGGUGACCUGUCAGACCUCGGGGUCAUUCUGUCUGAGCUCCCCCUGCCCCCUGAGCUAGCCAAAGCCCUGCUGGCUGCCUGUGAAUUUGACUGCGUAGAUGAGAUGCUGACCCUAGCAGCUAUGCUCACCACUGCCCCUGGGUUUGAGGGCCCACCAAGGUGUGCAGAGGAAGCUGCCCGACGACGAGCAUUGGAGCAUCCAGAUGGUGACCACAGCACCCUAAUUCAGGUGUAUGAGGCUUUUAUACAGAGUGGGGAAGAUGAGAACUGGUGUCAGGCUCGGGGUCUGAGCCGGACAGCACUGUGCCAGGCCCGGGCAUUUCGGGGGGAGCUCCUGGAACUGAUGCGUCGAAUUGAACUUCCCCUGUCUCCACCAGCAUUUGGCUCUGAACAGAAUCGAAAAAAUCUUCAGAGAGCGCUGGUUUCGGGGUACUUCCUCAAGGUGGCUCAAGACACAGACGGGGCUGGCAAUUACCUGCUCUUGACCCACAAGCAUGUGGCCCAGUUGUCCCCAUCCUGCUGCUACAGAAGUCGACGCCCACCAGCCCAACCUCCACCCUGGGUGCUCUACCAUAACUUUUCCAUCUCCCAAGACAACUGCCUCUCCAUUGUGUCUGAGCUCGAGCCCCACAUGUUGGUAGAGUUGGCUCCCCCCUACUUCCUGAGUAACUUGCCUGCCAGUGAAAGCCGAGACCUUCUGAAUCAGCUGAGGGAAGAAAUGACUGGAGUCUCAUCAGGGAAUGAGCCUCCUACCCAGGACCUCAACCUAGAUGACAAGGAUGCUUGUGUCCUGCAGUGAUCUCAGCCCAAGGAACCAACCUAGAGAUGAGCCACAAACAGUCCCCUUGCCCACCCCAGGGCUUGGACACGAGGCUGGCCAGAUACAUUGGCCCAGUAGGUGGGGCCCAGCAAGUUGUGUAACUUGAGGGGACAGGGUAUGGGUGCACAGGGAUACAGUAUAUGGACUUAACCAAGAAGAAGGGACAGCAGCUCAUUGGCCCAAAGCCAGAAUGACAAGACUUCCGUGGGCAGCCAAACCCACAUCUUCGGCCUGUCCUUUUUUUGGAGAAGUGUCCACAUACCUCUUUUCCUCCAUUCCCAAUCCUCAACCCCUCGUAAAGCUUUUUCUAUGCAUAGAUUGUUCUGGACUUCUUAGACACAUUAUGUACUGUGAACAUAAGGAGUUCAUGAUUCUGGGGUAUGGGAGUGGGGUGGGAUAGUGACAGCUAGGUGUUGAAGUGGAUAGAGUGACAGGCCUGGAGUCAAAUCCAGCUUCGUACACUAGUUGUAUGUCCUUGGGCAGGUGACUUAACCGAUGUUUGCCUCAGUUUCCUCAUCUGUAAAACGGUGAUAAUAGCACCUACCUCACAGGGUUGUUGUGAGGACCAAAUGCAAUAAUAAUUGUAAAGUGCUUAGCACAGUGCCAGGCACACAGUAAGCACUAUAUAAACCUUAGUUAUUAGUGUUG